AUGAAAGAGUUCAACAACAAGCCACCAGUGCCAGGAGCCAAGCUCAAUGGAUACGUCGACGACCUCCAAGUGCAUCUUCCACCAGGUUUGGCUAGAAAUAUUCAGGCCAUCGCCACCGUAACCAACUGGAUCCAAGACCACCUGCUGCAAAAAGGCAUUGAGCUCAGCCUCCCGAAAUCGAAAGUCCUUUUCCCAGAAGGAUUAUUCUUCUCCUCUUUGACAAACGACGAACAGCGAGAUUUGACGAAAACGGGUCUCUCGGUUGCUGAAGGUGGUAUGGCCAUUGUUGGAGUCCCAGUAGGGACAGAGUGCUUCCAGAGGAGUUUCGUCACCAACUUCGCCCGCGGUAACCCUGCUGAGUUGAUACGCCGCCUUUCCACACUUGACGACCCGCAAGCGAGCUACCAACUGCUACGUUUGUCUGGCGUUCCACGCUUGUUUCAUCUGCUGAGAACGAUUGCACCGAGCAUUACCAACACUGCCGCAAGAGAACAUGACAACCUGAUGAUAUGGGCAGUAAGCAAGAUCGUUCUCGGCAAAAUGGCAAACACUGUGGGAAUUCCAACCGUGGAAGAGGUACGCGCAAACCCAGAGAAGAGUGAGGUCGACUUCUUCAAAGAUUCAGCUCGGGCACAGGUGCACCUGCCCAUACGUGAAGGGGGGCUUGGAAUUACGAGCAGUGUUCUCAUUCGAGAAUCGGCUUUUGUGGCAGGGCAAGCAUUAGUGUUCUCCAAGGGCUUUCGAUGGAUGAACGGAUGCUACCUGACCUUUAUCGAGAAUCGAUCGGUCGUGUACUGGGGAGUCACGACCGAACUGACUACGAUACAGGCAGACUUUGCAGCGCAGGUGCAUUGUCACCGUGUAUGGAACGGUUGAGCCGACCCCAUUCCCUGGUCUGCGCGAAGACCGGCGCCUCAACCUUCCUGCACAAUAGGAUGGUUCGCGUGCUGUUAAAGACAUUACGCGAAUGCCACAUGCCAAUCGCUGUUGAAGACUCUUCCCCAUUUACUACAGGCACUGGUAGGGGAAGAGGGCUCUACAAGAUGGAUUUAGUGAUCCCCCCAGGAUUACACGCAGGAGAUAAAGAAGAGGAACUCUGCACCAAAUCCAUCCUUAUAGAUGUCACAGUCGUCAAUCCAUCUGCUAGGCGAAGUAUCGACAAGUCACUCCAAACGCCAGGAUCCGCCCUCGAAGAUCGGGCUGCAAGUAAGGCAAAACACUAUGCGGGAACUUUCAACCCGUCUAGAUCUACCCUCCUUACUGCUGCUUUUUCGACGUAUGGUGGUCUUGGCAAAGGCACCAAUCGACUUAUCGUAGCUAUCGCCAACCACUUGGCAUACGAAGCCUUUUGCAAAGGGAAUUUCGCCGACGAAACAGCCUUGAUUCGCCUGAAGGCUUUUCAUACGAAUAGGAUUCGGAGACGAUUUACUUUCGAGCUGGCUCGUUUCCUGUCCGUACGAACUCGUGAUGUUUUUAAACGUCAUGGACUGAUCAUGGAUCAAUUUCCACCCCGGCCAAUAGGUUGGGAUUUCGAUAGUAGUACAAACGAAAACGAUCAUCAUGAUGGCGAUGAGGGAAAUUCGAGUGGCAACGAUGAAGGAGGAGGAACAGAGGGAACAAGAGGAGGACAAGACAGAGACCAAGACAGCAGUCGAGAAGGGAAUCAUGGCGUGGAAGAGAGCAAGAGCUUCGAGCCAGAGGACCUCCCGCACAACAAAAGACGGAGAGACAGACAAGAAGAAGAGCUGCCAAAAAGUUGCUGCCAAAAUGACGAUGAGAAUAGUGAUGGUAGUAGUGGUGAAAGCAAGAAGAAUGAUAGAGAGAGCACUCCUAAACGAAGUCGAGUGCAGGGUGACAGUCUUAGUAGACACGUGCAGUUUUCUUCUGUUAUUACUACGGUAUCUGUCUUUAAUCCUGAGAAUAGCGUAGCUCCCCCUACGACGCUCGGUCCCGGGGUCCCAGAUAGUGGACUAUAGAAACAUUUUGUGUUUCCCG